AUGGUCAGCUCCUGUUGUGGCUCUGUCUGCUCUGAGGAGGGCUGUGGCCAAGGCUGCUGCCAGCCCAGCUGCUGCCGUCCCAGCUGCUGUGUAUCCAGCUGCUGCAGGCCCAGCUGCUGUGUGUCCAGCUGCUGCAGGCCCAGCUGCUGCAGACCCUCCUGCUGCCAGCCCAGCUGCUGCCGCCCCAGCUGCUGCAUCUCCAGCUGCUGCCAGCCCUCCUGUGGUGGUUCCAGCUGCUGCAGCCCCUGCUGCCGCCCCUGCUGCCAGCCCUGCUGCCAGCCAUGCUGCCAGCCCUGCUGCCGCCCCUGCUGCCGCCCCUGCUGCUGCCUGCGUCCAGUCUGCGGUCAGGUCUGCUGCCAGAGCACUUGCUACCGCCCCACCUGUGUCAUCUCCACCUGCCCCCGCCCCAUGUGCUGUGCCACCCCUUGUUGCUGCUGA